UCACACGGUCGAGAGUUAACAAGCCGUGGAGAUAAAUUCCAGCUAUUUAUGCCAGACGUAGCCCUGUAGUUACACGCAAAAACAAGCAGCAGAGUUGCUCCAAGUCUGUUAUGGGUAAAAGUCCAGAAUUAUUUAAGUGAAAGCUUCAUUUCUGCAGGAUUUGUUAAGGAAAGCAGAUAUAUACAUCAACGCUGCUGCUGUUCGGGAUGACACACAACACAGGCAUUGUUUUGACACCUCGGAGCUCCAGGCUGCUGUUAACACUAAAACUUGCUCUCCAGGCAGGAGGAGCGUGAAGGGGAUGUGACGAGCUUCUCUAAUCUAUCUGUAAAUUUACAGCAGCCUUAUUUCUGCAGUGGUUUAGUGCUUAUGGAGCAUCCUCAAAACUGACGACCAAACAGUUUAACCAGCUUUAAAAUUACUUUGAAUUAAAGGGAAAAAAACAGGCAAGUAAGCAUGCCCAUUUUCCAUUCCUGAAGAUGAGGAGGAUAGUGACGUGCAAUGAAAAAAUUCCAGUAAAACCAUAUUUGAGAAUCUUUCUCCGGGGCAUGUUUAGAUCAUGGGUUAUUUCUGUCAUACUGGUGGGUAAAAUUAAGCCGUUCUGCAUUUCUGAGAGCACUGUUGACACAAGAGCCCGCACAGCCCCUGGGCACGAAGCCACCUGGUGUGCUAUGGCUGCCACUAGGGACCAGCCCAGGGGCACUCAGCCCCCAAGCACCUCCUUCACCCAGAACAAGGGUGUCCCCCCCAUCUGCCUGGGGACAGCCCAGAUCAGGGGGGACCCCCGAGCCCCCCACCCGGAUGCCGGUUGCACCCCAAACCCACAGGGAGCAGCUAGGCCCAGCCCCAGCCGCAUGGUGGCCAUGUCGGCCACGUCAGCCAUGUUGGCUGGGCCUCCCUGGGGCCGCAGGUGCCUCUCGUCUCCCCCUGCAGCUGGUGUGCUCCGUCCUAAAGGGGCUUUAACUCUUUUUCUUAUUUCUCCUCCUUGCAGUGUUACUGGGAGAGUGUGGGCAGCACCGUGACAUUGCAACCAGCGGUCAAUCUUGAAAAAAUGAAUUUUAACGUCUGGAACAUCAAGGAGAUGCUCAGCACUCCAACAGCCUCUGGGCCUAACAAGUUUUCUGUCCGGAGCAAUGCUCCCAGCGACUACUCGAGUCUCAGUGAUUCUCAGCUGCUCUUCGGCUCCCAGUUCUGCCCGGAGAACGUGCAGUCGGCAGCGGCACCGCUGGAGCUGGGCACGCAGCUGGGACAGCACAACUCCCAGGACAGCGAGCCCAGUAUUUUCACUAAAUACCAAAUGAAACCACAGUUAUUUGAUGAAGAUACAAGAGAAAAAGGCUUGCUUAAUUUUUGUGCAGGAAGAGGGAAAAGUGUCCUGGAAAAUUUUGAAGUGAAUAAGAACAAAAUAAAGGACAAAUAUGAUCGAGAGGUCUUAAGCACCUUUAUUUCCAGUAUCAACGACAGGCUUCAAGGGCUGCAAGCAUGCUUGGACAAAUUUGAAGAAAUGUUCAAUUCAAGGAACAAAUCCAUUUUGGUUCAUCUAGAAACCAUUUCCAAGACACUGCAAGAUGCUCUUCAAAGUCACAGUGACUUGGUGCUGAAAGCCCUGGCAGAUAAAAGCCAAAUGGAGCAGGCGCUGCUGGAGAUGGAGAGGAGACUUGCAGCCAAAGACAUGGAGAUUUCAGAUGUGAAAUGCAGUGUCCAGCAGCUGAAGGAGAGCCUGGAGUCGCUGCCGGCUCAGCUGAGCGAUCAGCACCUGAAGCUGUGUGAAGAAUUAGGCUCCCUGAAGCUCCCUAGUGCCUUAGCUGAGCUGCAGACAUUCAUGUCCAGCGCCAGAGCCCCCCCUCGGAUGGUGGACGACUCUUCUCAGACCUCCCCUGGCACAUGCCAGGGCUGUGCCUCACGUCAGGAGACCGAGCACUGGCCGUGCUGCCGGGGCAGGGGGGGUUGCAGCUCCUCGGGUCCGUCUCAGCACGGAGCCCUGCCCGUGGGGAGCCAGCCCACCGGGGACGGGACACCUGGGAAGGACCUCAGCACAGCUUCUGGAGGCAGCUCCGUUGCUCAAGUCAGCCCCGUUGCUCAAGUGGUGUGUGGCAGAGAAAAUACUUCUGUGCAGGAGGUGAGAUCUGUUCCGGAACCUCAGAGCCAUGCUACCCAUCCCUGUAUGUGCUGUGCUAACACUCAGUGUCUUGGGGAGAGCCAGAAGAAACGCUGCCCCGUAGCGCAGGAAGUGUCUCUGCUAACUCCUCUGAGGAAGGCGAUCAGGAGGAGCACUGCAGCAUUUAAAAAUGUGACACCAUCGCAACAGAGGCAGCCUCAGGUUUGCCACCUCUUUGUACAAAACAACGUGCCCGGGCAAAGAGACGGGAACUCAUCCACAGACCAUGAGCUGGAGAAUGUAGCUGUAGGAAACAAAGCAAAGCAGAAGUCAGGAAGGAUCCCUUGGAAUAAAAUAAUGGAGAGGAAGAAAACGUACCCCAGCAAGAGGAAAGGAGAGCUCUCUAGAGGUGCUGACGGCGGGCUGAAGCAAGUAAGGGCAAACAGGAUUAUUGCCUUGGGAAGCUCCAGAAAAAAAUGCUUGCCCAGAUACACGGUUGGUCUCAAUUUAGAAAACUCUAACCCGGUUUCUUCAGCUCCCAAUCAACAGAUGCUCGGCAGUGCUCAGCCGAGGCUUACAAGGAAUUUCCUACCUGUGCCGUGCUCCAGUAAAGGCGUGCAGCAACUUGCAGACAAAACAAGGAGAAAUCUGGAAAACAAGAAACGAGUGAUCGUUUCCAGCGCAAGGAGGAAUUUCUGGGAUUCCUCUCCCCAGGAGAAUGUAUUUUCCCUGUGCAGCACAACAGGUGGAAAGCAGAUGAGCUGCUCUCCAGGCUCCAAUAAGCCAGGUCCUGGCAACGCGCUGCCCCAGCAGAGCACGGAAUGCUGCUCUUUAGUUUUUGAUAGCGAUUAUUCUGACUGAGGGGUUUCCUUUGGUUUUCAGUCUUCAGUGCAGGCGUGGCCAUCUCAGUCACAGUUCAUUUCUGCGGGUGCAUUACCUGCUGCCUCCUGAAUUUGAUCCCACGCAGGUGAGCGAGCUCCUGUUGGGCUGGCAAGAAGGGCUGAGUGACCCGUGUGUGUUACAGCCCUUGGAAACAAGCAAGGCUCGUGCCUGGCACGCUUCAACAAGUUACUGCCCACUCGGAGAUAUUGGAAAGCCGAGUGGAUCUGUAUUAUUUUAUCCCCUGCCACCAGCAGGAAUGCCUCGGGCUGUGGUUACUGCUGCAUUUACGCAGCAAAGAAGUGUCUGCGGAGACUUUCAGCGGGGAGGAACCAGCUGGCAGAUCACAGGCACACCGCUGAUUCUCCUGCUACCAGACCGAGCACUUAGAUCUGCUCCAAACUUUUCAUCUAGAUACGUGGAAUAAUAUCUUUGCAGCUGGAGGCUUUAGCUCUGCUCUUUACUCGUGGUCUCUGUUUUGGUUUGUAUGUCUGACAGUUCAGAUUUUGAGCUCCCUGGGAAGUAGGGGGUAUUUUUCUGAUUGAUUUUGGUAAGGUUCAGAUUUGUCCCGAGAGCUGUUUCUGAGCUUUGGGCAGUUUAGCUGAGGAAAGCAGAAUCCCAGCAUCUCGGUUUGUUGAAUAUGGUGUUUCUUCUCCUUUUAGGCUGAAAUUUCUUGGUUUCAGGAAAUCCAGGAAAUUAUUAUUUAGUUUCUGUUAUAUUUUUCCCACUUAUCUCUUGAUCACAGACUUGCCCAACUUACACUUUCCAAAGAUGACUCUCAGAAGCCAGAAGAAGUGACAGUCACAUCCAACAGGUACGGUGAUCGAUGGAUGUUUCUAAUCCUUUAGGGACCUGUAACUCUCCAGCUCGGACUCACUCCAGACACACAGAUUUGGAGUCAGAAAGGGCCAGCUGCUCACCCAACCCGACACACAUAGCAGCUCGGUCAUUCAGCAGCCCCUGUUCCUGCAGAGCAAAUCCUCCCAGGACAUCCAGCCGUGACUGUAAGUUUCCACUGCUUCAAAUAUUUCUGUCACGUUUGAGCUUUGAUCGGAGCUGCUGCUGGCAAAAGAAGCAUUUCGAUAUUGACAAAACAGGUCUAUUACCGUGAGUCCGCAUGGCCCAGUGCUGUCCUCCCACGGGGAAAGGCUGGGAUCCUUUCCCUGAAUUUAAUAAAGCCAUUGUUCCAUCACAAA